GAAGACAGAGAGAGAGUUAAUAUUAAUAGACUAUAAGGAAGUGGACCUUGUGCUGAAAGCAGUCUUCAGGAAACAGUUCAGACGCGAAUACUGAGAGCAGGAGGUGGACCACAGGUGUGUGUGUGUGUUCACAAAUAUGUGGACAAGAGAGACCGUACCAGUGCAGAGAGACCAGUAGGGACAGAGAGACCAGCAGAGAGACCGUACCAGUGCAGAGAGACCAGUAGGGACAGAGAGACCAGCAGAGAGACCGUACCAUUAGCUCUUCAUCAUGAAGUUGGAGCAAAAGAUCCAUGUGUUCCAGUUCCUCUUGACCAUCUGCAACUGUCUCUACCUGAUCCUGGGUGCGAGCAUCUUGGGCUGUGCUUUGUGGAUCCUUUUCGACACUGGAAAUCUUCUCAGGGACAUCCAUUCUGAUGAGCUGGAGACCGUGGCUGGAGGCCUGUUCCUGGUGGGCCUGCUGGUGCUAGCCGUCGCUGCUCUGGGCUACGCCGCGGCUCACUGCCAGGCCAGGCUCAUGCUGCUGCUGUACAUGGCGUUCCUCAUCGUGCUUAUCCUUGGCCAGCUGUUUAUUAGCCUGGUCUUGCUAACAAGUCAAAAAAAGAUCGAGGGGGCUCUGGACGAGGCUGUGGACCAGAUGAUCAUCAGCUACGCAGGCGGCAGGGAUCUGACCGCCUCAGACCGACUGCUGGACGAGCUACAGCGCACCGAGAAGUGCUGCGGCAGGACUGGCCCGGACGAUUGGAAGACGAACCUUUACAUCCAGAAUCUGACCAAUCAGGACGUACUUCCCUGCACCUGCUUCAACACUUCCUGUCCGUCUGGCCCUGGGGGGGAGCCCCCCCUCUUUGGGGCGUCCGUAGGGAACGACUCGUAUCAGGAGGGCUGUAAAGAGAAGAUCACUGAUUGGCUGGCGGAAAAUGCUCUCACCAUUGUUGCCAUGGACGCCAGCAUCAUUAUCCUUCAGGUUCUACAGAUCAUUCUGGCCGUGUAUCUCUACAAGGCUGUUUCUCAACAAUCCCGGGUCAAGGGUUCCAGAGUCCUUAUGGAACCGGAGCCGGACCAGACGGACCCCGGUCCCGACCUCCGCGAGGACCAGGGCGGGUUCUACGGCGAGGAGAACCGGGCCUAUUGGGACCCAGAACCGCCACACACAGAAAGCACUGGUUACCCUAACGCCCAGAACCCAUACGCAGAACAUGAGAGACACGGUCAAGGAUACAAUCAAAUGUACUAUUGAUCAUGUGCAUGUCCCAUGAGCCUACCUGUACUGGUAACCAGGUAGAGGAUACUGUGUUACCUGUACUGGUAACCAGGUAGAGGAUACUGUGUUACCUGUACUGGUAACCAGGUAGAGGAUACCGGGUUCCCUGUACUGGUAACCAGGUAGAGGAUACCGUGUUACCUGUACUGGUAACCAGGUAGAGGUUACUUGUACCUGUUCGGGAAUUUAAUUAAAUAAAUGUUUGGUGUCGUUUUUAACAGAUGUUUGGAUUAAUCAACCUUUAAGUCUUGUUUAGCUCAAACAAUAAACUUCCAUGUAAUAUUAUGUAUUUAAAAAUGUUUUGACUUGGAAAAAAUA